GGGAGGUCAACCGGGAGGUCAAGGAGGAUAUGGAGGUCAAGGUCAACCGGGAGGUCAAGGAGGUUAUGGAGGUCAAGAUUAUUACGGAGGAGGUCAAGGAGGUUAUGGAGGUCAAGGACAAGGUCAAGGAGGUUAUGGAGGUCAAGGAGGUUAUGGAGGUCAAGGACAAGGUCAAGGAGGUUAUGGAGGUCAAGGAGGUUAUGGAGGUCAAGGACAAGGUCAAGGAGGUUAUGGAGGUCAAGGAGGAGGUCAAGGAGGAGAUAUGAUUUCCGGGCUCAUUGGAGGAUUUCUCGGAGGUGGUGGAGGAGGAGGAGGAGGACACCAGCAACAAGGAGGCGGCGGAGGAGGCGGAGGCGGAGGCAUGAACGACCUCAUCAGCGGAAUGGCUUCGAAUUACAUCGGAGGAAUGAUAGGCGGAGGUCAACACCAGAAUCAAGGUCACGGAGGUCACGGAGGAGGUGACCUUAUCUCCGGCAUGGCGUCUUCCGUUAUCGGGAAUCUUUUCAGCGGAGACUCAGGUGAAGCCACCAAACAGAAAACGGGAUUCGAUGAUAGAAUGGUCGCCGGCAUUGUGUCGAAUGUCGUCAGGGGAAUAAGAGGCCGGCCCCAGCUGCCCCAAGGCGAGGCCGACGGCGUGAAUGACGACGUGGUGGCUUCCGUGACCUCGUCUGUCAUCAAGGAGAUUGUCAGUCAGGACAGCGAGGGCAAAAUCUUGUCUUCGAACGACCCCAACGUGAACAGCUCCAUCGUGUCGAACAUCGCGUCCAAGAUCGUGCAGAAUAUCUUGACUGGAGGCGGAGGAGGUGGAGGAGGAGGUGGAGGAGGAGGAGGAAUGAGGAAUGACCUGAUCGCUGGAAUGGCGUCGCAGUAUAUCGGGAGUAUGCUCAG